AUGUCCGAUAACUGGGGCACUGAAGCAGUCACUUACGACGCACCUGUUGUUGAGGCACCAGAGGUAAUUUUUUAUUUUUCUUCGCUACUUUAAAUCAAAAUCUAUUUCUGAAUUCUUCAGGUCAACCUUUUCGGAAAAUGGUCCCUCCAAACCGUCAACGUCUCCGACAUCUCGCUCGUUGACUACAUUCCAGUCAAAGACAAGUCUGCCAAGUACUUGCCACACUCCGCUGGACGUUUCCAAGUUCGUCGUUUCCGUAAGGCCGCCUGCCCAAUCGUCGAACGUCUCGCCAACUCUUUGAUGAUGCACGGACGCAACAACGGAAAGAAAUUGAUGACUGUCCGCAUCGUCAAGCACGCUUUCGAAAUCAUCUACUUGUUGACCGGAGAAGUGAGUUCUUAUUUUUGGCCGAUUUCUUUUGAAAAUUAUUUUUUCUGCAGAACCCAGUCCAAGUUUUGGUUAACGCCGUCAUCAACUCCGGACCACGUGAAGACUCCACCCGUAUUGGACGCGCCGGAACUGUCCGUAGACAAGCCGUCGACGUUGCCCCACUCAGAAGAGUUAACCAAGUAAGUUCUUCAAACUUUAUCCUUCCAAAAUCUAGUAUUCAAUAAAUAAUUUCAGGCUAUCUGGCUCCUCUGCACUGGUGCUCGUGAAGCUGCCUUCAGAAACGUCAAGACUAUUGCUGAAUGUCUCGCUGACGAGCUCAUCAACGCCGCCAAGGGAUCAUCAAACAGCUACGCCAUCAAGAAGAAGGACGAGCUCGAACGUGUCGCCAAGUCCAACCGAUAA